AUGUAUAUGAUACUAGCAAUUGUUAUAAUUUUGAAUCAAAAACCAUUGGAUGGAAAUAACUACGACCUAUGGAAAACCAAUCUCUAUAUUAUCCUUGAUUUUGAGAGAAUUAAAUUCAUUACAACAACUCCGAAACCCAAGGAGCCCGCUGCUAAUGCUUCAGAGGAAACUAAGAAGCAAUUUGCAGAUUGGCAACGGGCAAAUAUAACAGCUCGCUGUUAUAUUCUUGCUAGCGUUGUAGAACAUUUGCAGAAGCAACUUGAUAGUCUGGAGUGUGUGUCAGAAAUGAUUCAGAUUCUAGAUGGGAUAUUUGCUAAAAGUAGCAGUACUGCUAGACAAGCAGCUAUAUGGGCAUUAAUGAACACUCGUAUGACUGGAGGAAGUGUGCGAGACCAUUGUUUAAAGAUGAUGGUGCACAUCAGUACUGCGGAAGUGAUGGGGGCUAAGCUGGAACAAGAGAUGAAGAUAGACAUGAUCUUGGAAUCUCUACCGAAUAGCUUUAGUCAGAUCAAAAUGAACUAG